CGCCCCCUAUCUGUAUGACUUUUGCUUCUUUUUGUUUUCUUAUUGCACUGGAUAGGACUUCCUGUACUACUGAAUGGAAGUGGUGACAGUGGAUAUCUUUAAAGUGACAUCUUUUAAAGAGGAAGGAUGACACCUUUAAACAUUUUUUCCUGUCCAAAUAGAAAUAAUCACUGGCUGUAUAGAGGUAUAAGCAAAAUAUGAUGGGAUGAGUGGGGGUUGGCAGAAAAUGGAGCAAUUAAAUCCUAUCCAUUGGGGACUAUUUAUAAAAGGCAAAGUUUUUCAGCAAGUUCUUUGGAUCUUCUUGAUCUGACCUGGGGAGGUGAAAGUAUCUGUAGUCUCUUCCCCCCACCCCACCCUUGCUAUGGGUGUUCCCCUUCCUGAUGUUUUCAGCAACAGAGGUACCAUGACUCUCCAUCCAUCGGUUCCAGGAUGCUGUCCUCUCCUGAUGUGAUGGCAUGCUCACGGACCUGCUCCCGCAUCCUGGGGCUGAGCCUUGGGACUACUGCCCUGUUUGCUGCUGGAGCCAACUUGGUGCUCCUUUUUCCUAACUGGGAUGUGACCUACCUGUUGAGGGGCCUCAUUGGCAGGCAUGCCAUGCUGGGCUCUGGGCUCUGGGGAGGAGGCCUCAUGGUACUCACUGCAGCUACCCUCAUCUCCUUGAUGGGCUGGAGAUAUGGCUGCUUCAGUAAGAGUGGGCCCUGCCGAAGUAUGCUCACUGCUCUGCUGUCCAGUAGCCUGGCUUUUCUUGGAGCCUUGAUUUGCUUUAUCACUUCCGGAGUAGCCCUGAAAGAUGGUCCAUUUUGCAUGUUUGAUGUUUCAUCCUUCAAUCAGACACAAGCUUGGAAAUAUGGUUACCCAUUCCAAGACUUGCGUAACAGGAAUUAUUUGUAUGACCAUUCACUCUGGAACUCUGUCUGCCUGGAGCCUUCUAAAGCUGUCAUUUGGCACGUGUCCUUCUUCUCCACCCUUCUGUGCAUCAGCCUUCUCCAGAUUCUCCUGGUGGUCAUUCAUUUCAUCAACAGCUUCCUGGGCCUUUUCUGCAGCCUCUGUGAGAAGUGAUAGGGAACGCCCUUGCACACGUGAGAGUUUUCCUCAAAAGCUGCCUUGAAUCCUCUCUGCAGUAUGGAUUGUAAACAAACUUUCCUUUUAGGUAUUCCUGUAGUGAUGAUAACAGUAAUGAUACCUUGCACAUAUGCUGAAUGACAUAUGCAUUUUAAAUCACAUUGUAAACUGCAAGAUGAUGUAUUAGUAGAAGGAAUGAUUAAGUCAUUUUUAUCAUGCAGGAACUUACAGUUCAUAAAAUACCCUCCAGCCAUGGUCUCAUUUCAGCCUCUCCAUAACUCCAUAAAACUGGCCACACAUCACCAAUAUAGGAGUUGAGGCUCCUAGAG